UAUUCUAGUAUGUAUUUUUCAAAAUUAUUCUUUUGAUAUUUGCUACUUUGUUCGAUAUCGAUCAGAUUGAACUUUUUUACCGCCGACGUCCUGAUGUCGCUACAUAGUUCCCACGUCCGCAAAAGUGGAUUGUACGGCGCUGAAACCAGCGCCGGAAUCCGUGUUUCCAUCGUCUCUCCCUAGGUGGUCUCCGGACGCGUCCGGGAGCGCACGAGAGUUCACGGAAGUUGUCAAGAAAAAUUCUUGCUCGUAUGUGCGAUUAAAAAAAAAAAAUGAUUAAUUCGCGUUUGUUUGUCGCGUCAGUUGCGAAUUUGUUGAACAAUCGCGGACUGACGAGGAGAUUCAACUUGGCAAUCGUUAAAAGGGAGUACAGUGUCUUUCCAAAUUACUAUAUUCAACCGAAAUUUAGAAAAGAUGCGCAAGACGCUCUGUUUCAGAAAGAGAACGAAGAGGCGAAGGAGAUCGCCCACAAGCAAAUAAAACCGGCAACGGUGAUCGACACAUGUUCCGAGUUCUACGACGCCAGAGUGAUAAAAUUCACCAACACUCUGAUGAAAAAUGGAGAUAGAAAAUUGGCAACGGCAUUGAUGAGCAAAACCUUCAACAGAAUCAAGAGGUUCCAACUGGAGCGUUAUCACAAGGCGAAAACGGCAGAGGAGAAAGACAACGUCGAACUGGAUCCGUUGGUGGUUUUUCAUCGCGCUCUCGACAAUUGCACGCCCAUUUUACAAUUAGUACCGUGCAGGAAAGGUGGAAUAACGUAUCAGAUACCCGUUCCAAUUACAGAAAAAUUGGCGCAACACAAAGCCAUACUGUGGCUGAUAAGUGCUGCAAAUGAGAAGGAUAGAAAUGCGAGAUUUUACGACGCUUUAGCCAGAGAGAUGAUAACCGCUUCUAUGAAUCAGGGUCGCGCGGUCAAUUGGAAGCAAGAGCUGCACAAGAGGUGUCAAGCUAAUCGGGCUUACGCGCACUUUAGGUGGAUGUAAUAAAGGGACAGGCACAGGUACACACGUGUACAUAAAUAAAAUGUUCAAUUGUUUGACGUGGCACUUAUUUAUACAAACUAUGUACAUUAAAUAAAUUUAUAUGUAUAUUAUCAAAUUA